CUGGAACCACACACACACACGCAGCAGCAGCAGCAGCAGCAGCGGCGCUUAUUUACAUUAAACCCGCCACAAGGUUACAGUGCAGAUACACGAGCGUCAUUUUUCUCCUCUUCUUUUUAUCACUCGUUACUUGUGUUAAAGCGGUGACUGACGCGCAGGACGCACGGGACGAACGAGGAGGCAUCCACUCAUUUAUCCUGGAGUUUUCCUCUGAAGAGGACACGCACACACACACACGCGCGCGUGCUGGAAACACAACACUCUCUGUUGAAAAAGGCUGCUGCUUCGCGCUCGCCCCACGUUUUUCCGCAGAGCUGUUGGCGGCGACGGCUGCAGCGCUCUUCCUGACACCCGACGCUCGCUGGAGACGCGUGGCAGUCGACGCGCAGGACUCAGUGUGGACCAGAGGAGGAGCUGAGGCUUAACGUCGCUCACACGCCGUCACGCUUUCUAAGACGCUGCUCAGCCACAGACUGAGGUGUCGUUUCCACGGUGACAGUGCGAGGCCCGUUGAUCCUGACAGACAGGUUGGACUCCAUUAUGCAGUUGGGGUGUUAAGGAUGGAGGACUCCAGUUUGUGUCUUGGUGUGUCAUCGGCAGUGUCUGAUGCUGAUGCCCAUCUGAGCAGUGCAGUCUUAAAUGGCCGCUACCCCAUAAGUCAGAAGCUUCACCAGCUCACUGCCCAGCUAGGACACGCCUUUCCCGACCUACACCGCCCACAGCAGAUCCCAGAAGAGAAAGCAGCGACGCCUUUGGACGACAAGACUCACCACGCAGCCCUGGCUAGUCAACCAAUCAGCAGUCAGAUGGCCCUGCUAGCCAAUCAGCUCAACCGAGACAUCGACGCAGGAGCGCUAAGUGGGUUGAACGGUCGCGUCGACCUGCAGCAGUUUCUCAACGGCCAGAACUUGGGCAUCAUGUCCCAGAUGAAUGAUAUUGAAGAUGACGCCCGCAAGAACAGGAAGUAUCCCUGUCCACUGUGUGGCAAGAGAUUCCGCUUUAACAGCAUCCUGUCGCUGCACAUGCGCACACACACGGGGGAGAAGCCCUUCAAGUGUCCAUACUGUGACCAUCGAGCAGCUCAGAAGGGCAACUUGAAGAUCCACCUCCGCACCCAUAAGCUGGGGAACCUCGGUAAAGGCCGCGGCCGCGUCAGAGAGGAAAACAGGCUCCUGCACGAGCUGGAGGAGAGGGCCAUUCUGAGGGACAAGCAGAUGAGAGGGAGUGGCAGUCUCAUCCAAGCACCUCCAACACCCCAUCUCAGCCUCAACAGCAGUUCUAACGCUCAUCAGCCACAACUUGGCUCAGCCUGUGGCCUCCUCCCAGCCUCUGGCCUUGCCACUCCAGACACAGUCUCCCAGCCUUCUUCCUCUCCCAAGCCAACUACAACUACUACCCAGGACGAACAGUCCCUCAACCCGACCACAGGUUUCCGCUGCACCUUCUGCAAAGGGAAGUUUAAGAAGCGCGAGGAGCUGGAUCGCCACAUCCGCAUUCUCCACAAGCCCUACAAAUGCACACUGUGUGAGUUUGCUGCCGCCCAUGAAGAGGAGCUGAUAAACCACGUGGAAAAGGCCCACAUCACAGCCGAGCCGGCGCAGGGCCAGGGCGCAGGUGGUGCCGGUGGCAUGCAGCCGGCCACCGAAUUCCGUUGUGACAUAUGUGGACAGGUGUUCAGCCAAGCUUGGUUCCUCAAGGGUCACAUGCGCAAGCACAAGGACUCCUUUGAGCACUGCUGCCAAAUCUGCGGCCGCCGCUUCAAGGAACCGUGGUUUCUCAAGAACCAUAUGAAGGUGCAUCUCAACAAGCUGGCAAUCAAGAACAAACCACCACAACCCAACGAGCACGACCUGGCUGCUGUCAAUAGCAUGAGCAAUCUGGCUCAGGAGGCUCAUGCUAACCUUUAUUCCCGCUACAUCUCCUGUCUUCAGGGAGGCUUCCUUUCACCAGACAAACAAGGUCUGAGUGAACAACACCAGAUGCUGGCUAAAGCUGGGAUAGCUAUGAAGGAAAAGGAGAUGCUGGGGAAGUUGCUGGGACCCAUGGCAGGAGGUAUGGGCCAUGCACUAGGUGAAAACGAGAAGCGCUCGCUCCUGGGUUGCCUAAACCUUGUGCCACCCCUCAAGUCGAGUUGCAUGGAGCGUCUGCAGGCGGCUGCAAAAGUGGCAGAGAUGGAUUCCCUCAGCAGCUACCAAGCCUGGCAGAUAAUGGCACGUGGCAUGGCCAUGGACAGGGCUUUUAUGCCUAAGGAGCAGCAGCAGCAGCAUCACAUACCCCCAGUGCAGGAAGAUGAGAUGGGUGGUGCUGGGGCCCUGGCUUCUUUCUCAAAGGAAAAACAAGACUACUCCCUAAUUUCUUCCAAUGAAAGCUCCAAGCAGAAGCAGCUCUCAGAUGCCUUGCAGGGAUCCAAGGCCCCUAGUGGAGCCAUGAUGUCCCUGAAGGAGGACGGACGAGGCUUUGACAGUCACCGUGACCUAAUGUCGCACCAUGGUAAUGCAGAGGCUCCUGGAGCCUUGGCUGGCUUGGGAAGCCCAAACAUUGACUACAGCCUCUCUGGCCUGAAGGACAAGCCUUCAGAGUGUCCCGACUGCGGCCGUAUCUUCAGAUCAUACCAUCAGAUGGUUGUUCACUCCCGCAUUCACGGCAAGGACAGGAGAGGCAUCGAAGAAGUGCUGCAGCAACAGGGUCUGGAAGAACGCCGCGGAUCAGCCAGUGACCCCGAGUCCCAGUCCAUCAGCCGCUCCACCACUCCCGGCUCAUCCAAUGUGACGGAGGAGAGCGGCGCUGGAGGAGGUCACUCCCAGACAGGAAGUGUCCAGGAUGACAGCCCACAUCCCUCUUCACCGUCUUCAGAUGUUGGCGAUGACUCGGUGAAAGCGGCGGGGAACCUUCAGCCGCCGCCUCCUCAGCACCGUGAGCGCAGUCUGGCCUCGUCCUCUAAAGACUGUCCUUACUGUGGAAAGUCCUUCAGGACAUCCCAUCAUCUCAAAGUUCACCUGCGGAUACACACAGGAGAGAAACCCUAUCGUUGCCCUCAUUGUGACUACGCCGGGACCCAGUCUGCCAGUUUGAAGUACCACCUGGAGCGCCACCACCGCGAGCGUCAAAAUGGCUCUGCCACCUCAGGCCCCUCCUCUGGCCACACCCCCUCUACUGACCACAAAGAGGAUCAUGGCAAGACAGCUAGCGGCGGCGGCAUCUUUGCCCGACCAGAUGUUCUCCGCAGUGUCUUCAAAGGAAUGCCCCCAAACCUGGACUUCAGAGCAGGUCCGCUGCUGCCACAUCAGUGGGCUUCAGCUGCGAUGAUGCCCCCCCACGAGCGCGAGCGCGGAGACCGCCGCUUUGACUCCACCUCCUCAGCAGACAACCUGAAGACAGCCGACGCUCCUUCCUCCCUUGUCUCGACAGCGACAGACAGUCCUGCCAGCUUCUCUGACCUCAGCAGGGCCUACCAAACCAUGAUGGGAAACGGAGUCCACUUUCAAGGUUCCCUUCAGGCCUUUAUGGACAACUUUGUCCUCGGCUCCAUGAAGAAAGACAUGAAGGACAGUCAGAGUCCAGUCCAGCUCCAGGCACAGCUCUACCACGACAACGGUGAGCCCAAAGCCAAGCGUGCUGCCUCGGUCGAACAGGACAAAGAAGAAAAGGCUGAAGCCAAGAAGAACUCGGAGCCUGGCAAACCUGGAUCCCAGUAUGAACCACUGGAUCUGUCUGUGUCAGUCCGGCCUGAGUCUGCAUCUGGAUCUCUUCCUGGCUCCUCAGUCACCAUUCACGAUAAUGUGGCGUGGCACAGCUGCCUCUUCUGCUCCUUCUCCACCUCGUCGUUGGAGCUCAUGGCUCUGCACCUCCAGGCCAACCACCUGGGUAAAGCCCAACUUCAGCGGCCCGACACAGGCAAAGAGCUUCACGGCGACACCUCCCUCUUUCACUCUUCCAGCACCAAGACCUCUGGCGUGGCCCUAGACAAAGAUGGAGACCGGGAUGGAGAGAAGAAUCAUGGUGGCUGGAACAAUCACAUGGACCAGAGCUACAACCCCUUCCAGAGUGAGUUCUACAGACGGUUUGGUGGCUUGUAUGAUGGAUCACCAAGCGCAAACCAGGCCCUUCAAGGGUUCAUGAGUUCGGCAGAGCAAGGUCUUGAUCUACACAGCCACGCUUUUGGAGGAACAUCUUCAGUUGUGGACGACCACGUUGGUGAGCGGAGCUCCCAUGGAGAUGCUGAAGAUGACCAGGUGGGAUCAGAUGACGACGUCGUGAAACCUGGGGUGCACAGCUCCAGUGAGACACCCUCGGCAACUCCCAAGAGACAGCAGCAGCAGAAUCACUCUGACGGAGAGGAAGAGGAGGGAGGAAUGGCUGAAGAGGACGAGGAAAGAGAGGAGGACGGUCAAAUGGACAUGGAGAGAGAGGACGGAGGAAGUCCGGCCUCCGACCACCUCAAACAUCUCCAUGACGACUCCUCCCUGCCUCAGAGGAGCGGAGCCGGUCUGGUAGCGUCUUCCUCCGCCAUGUCUUCGCUCUCUCUGGUUCCCCAGAACCAAACUCUGCCGCUGGAGAAGCAGUGGCAGCAGGGCCUGGGCCUCCUGUCUCCUGGCGCGGGGCUGUUGAAGGCCGAGCAGCAGAGCCACCUGGAGCAGCAGAUGAACAUGCUGUCGGUCCUCAGGGCCUACAGCAACGACAACAUCCCCGUGUUCAACGGUCUCGGAGGCGGUGCAGGAGGAGCAGCUGCGGGGGGCAUGAAGAGGCCGGAUCCACCUGUGCACCUGUGGGUGGGAGAGGAGGACGACCAGCCCAUGACCCAUGACCCCGCGCUGACCCACGACCCCAGCCGCCUUAACAGCGACCUUAACCACCCUAACAACCGUAACCUAGGCGACCCCGAGGGGCUGGAUGCCCAAGCUGUAAACAAAGGCUAAAGACGGCAGCGAGAGAGGGCAGGAUGAUGAUGAGGAGGAGGAGGAGGAGGAGGAGGAAGAAGGCGAUGAUGAUGAUGAUGAUGAUGAAGGAUGAAGGAUAAAUGAAGGAAAACACUAUAAAAGACUUUAUUUAAGAUGAAAAAAAAACACAUACUACCGUCAGAGGAGGUGAGGACCGUGUGAAGGACAGUUGUUUUGGGGACGGAUUUACGUGACGGACCUAACGGCUUUUUUUCUUGGACACUAAAAAAGAAAGAAAAAAGAAAAAAAGAGAAAAAAAAGACUCUCCAGUUUUGUCUCCCGUGGUCUGAGCGAUCCUCGUCUUUGUCGUCUUAUCUCUUCUACGAUGUUUUAGUUCUGACUUUGAUUUCGAUGGAACUUCCUGUCUGAUUAGCAACUCUGAUACAUUCCUUGAGCUAGAAAGGUUUGUCCUUUUUUUUGUUUAGUUUUUUUUUUGGAUUUUUAGUUUCAAAGUGUUUGUGAUUGAAAUCAAAGACGUUUCCUCUCCUGGUAAAUCCUGAAGGCGACGCUCGUGUCUCGUGGACGGACGUCGUGUCGUACUGGAAUGUAUUUUACUGUAGAAACAGAGACUCAAGCGUAACUGGACUGUCGACGCAGCGGCAUUGAAGCACAU